UUGUGUGGAUUGAUUGGGUCGAGUGAGUGGUUUCAUAAGGUAAGAAAGUUCGAUCUAUAUAGCGUGGUAAGGCUACGCGUCCUAUUCCAACAACAACAACAACCGUGCCGAAUAUUAUUUGCCAGCUGAAGAUUAGCUACCUGCUAGGAUCAUUGGCUUGUCAUUGAAGAAAAAAUGAGUCAGGGAAUUUCUGAAGAGGAAUUCACACAGCUUCAAAACCAGUUUUUGGAGCUCAAAACUACCAAUUAUGCUUUGGAAGAUAGGAAUAGAAAGCAGGAGGCAGCUCUGUCGGAGCUGCAGGCGCGACUGCAGCGGUCAGCCGCCGAGACGGCGCGACUACAACAGGUGGUCGAUAAGAGCAAAAAGGCGCGGGAGCUGGAGCUGCUGAUGCAGGCCAACACCAACCUCGAGAAGAAGCUGCUCUCUCAGGAGGACGACUUCCGCCUGCAGAAUCAGACACUGCUGCAGGAACUGUCCGUGUACGUUUCCGCCAAUGAGAAGCUGGAACAGGAGCUGAAGGCACUGCAGGCGGGCAAACCGGAGCUGCUGGAGACACAGUACGCUGAGGAGGCGCUGCGUCUCCGUGCCGAGAGCGAGGCUCUGCGGGAGGAGCUCGGCAGCUGCCGCCGUCAGACGGAGACUCAGCUGACUGAGCUCAGGGACAAGGUCACCGCCCUGACACAGGUCAACACGCAGCUGGAGAGAGCCGCCCGGCCAGAGGACGCCAACCCGGUGGCCACGGAGGAUGCCGAGUAUGUGGAGGUGGGCUCCGGCGAGGUCUGCUACAAAAAGGCGGCCGGCGGCGCGCACGAACUGCUCGAGGCAGCCGAGCACAAGAUCCAGGAGCUGCAGAGCGACAUCGAACAGUACGCCGACAUGCGUCUGUCACUGGACACCACGCGCCGAGAGCUGGAGCUGGCCCGUACCGAGCUGCGGCGACUGCGGGAGACGGGCGGCGCCAGCUCCUCCUCCGGAGGAGGAGGCGGGGUCGAGGCCGAACAGCUGCGACAGAAGCUGGCCAAGAAGCACGACAGCUACCUCAGCCUGCAGGCGGAGAUGGAGGCGCUGCGACAGAGCAAGCAAUCGGAGAUCGACGACCUGAAGCAGCAGCUACAGAAGGAGACGGAGGAGGCCAAGGCCAAGAUGCAGCGAUACCAGACUCAGCUCAACAACGGCUAUGCGGUGCUCAAGGCUGAGCGGGAGAAGGCCGCAGCCACCAUCACAGGCCUGACGGAACGACUCGCCAAAUACGAGUCCGUGGACUCUCCAGACGACGGCACGUCCGGUGGUACGGCGGACUCCACCACCGCUCCCUCCUCUACCAUCGACCCUACCGAGACCGUCCGGCUGGCCGCUCAAAUCACCGACCUCACCUCUCGGCUGGAGGAGACCCGACGCACUGCCGCGGCAGCGCAGGAGACAUCCGCGGCGCAGCUCAGAGAGACAGAGAAGCGUCUCCAGGAGACCCAGACGCGUCUCCAGGAAAUCCAGACGCGUCUCCAGGAGACUGAGGCGGCGCUGGGAGACGCUCAGACGCGGCUGGAGGCGCGGACGGCGGAGCUGGCCGAGUCUCAGCGUCGACUGGCGGAGACGGACGAGAGACGCACGGAGACGGAGGCUCGUCUGCAGGAGACGGAGGCGCGCAGAGCCGAGACGGAGACGGAGCGGGACGACGCCCUGAAGCUGGCGCAGAAGCGUAAGUCGGUGCUGGACGAGAUGGCGAUUCACAUCCAGCAGCUAACUGUGGAGCACAGUGAGGCACUGGGAGCGGCCGAGGAGGCGCGGCGCCAGGUGCAGGCACUGGCUGACAGCACAGCCACCGAACUGCAGGAGACCCGUGAUAAGCUCUCCCGCGUCGAAGCCGAGCUGGGCCGAGUCCAGGAAUCACUGGAGGCCGAGCGUCGACAGCGUCAGGAGCAGGAGCAGCGAGCCGCUGAUCAGGAGCGGGAGCUGACGGCCCGGCUCCAGCAGGAGCAGCAGGAGCGGGAUCAGGAGCGUCAGCAGCUGCGGCAGGAGAAGGAGGCCGCCGAGCAGGCGCAUGCCGAGACCGUGAAGGACCUAAACACCCAGCUGGAGAUCAGCUCAGCCCAGCUGUCAGAGUUCAAGGAGAAGGUGGCCACCCUCAGACAGGAGGUGAAGGACAGCGUUGACGAGAAGCGGAUCCACGAGCGGAAGGGCGCCUCGAUCACCAAGGACCUGCGGCGACAGCUGGCACAGGAGCGGCGCCGGGCUGACCGGCUACAGCAGGCGCUCCAGGACACAUCGUUCGCCGACAAAUCAGCCGAGCUGUCCCCUCCUCCCGAAUCGGACGCCCAGUCGGUAUCCAGCUGGAGUCUGAUGAGUGGGGAGAAUGGCGGCGCGGCACCUCCCUCUGUGAACGGCAGUGGCGACUCGCCGGUCGACACCGAGACCGUCAGUCUGCUGGCGCGCAUCACACGGCUUCAGGAGGAGAAGUGGCGUGUGGAGGAGAAGCUGAACCACCUGGAGCAGAGCAGCGGAGCGCUGGCCGACGACCUGGCCAACAAGGCGGCGCUGAUCCAGUUCUACUGUAUGGAGGGACGCCAGCCGACCGGAGCGGUGCACUCGCCGGAGGGUCGGCAGAGGACUGGCGGCGCUGAGAGCCUGACGCCCGUGAAGAAGCUGGUGGACUUUGUGAAGCACCUGUCUCUGGACGAGCAGCAGCGAGAGAUGCAGCGUCGGAUGCAGCGCAUGCUGGAGGAGACGCUCACCAAGAACAUGCACCUGCAGAAGGACCUGCAGAUCAUGUCCAAAGAGCUGGAGGCCGCCCGACGUCAGGCGACGCAGUCCUGAACGAAAGGCGAGAGUCGGGAUAGCGUGCGGGUUUUGUGAAGUGUAUUUAACUUUGUGAACUUUUUUGAGAAUUGGGGAUUGUUGCUUUUGUGACUUGUAUCCAAUUUAGUGUGAUAUCUGGGGAGUUUAGUUAAGGCUCAUUGCCCAUAAUAUGUGUCAUGAUGAGAAUUUCGGGGAUUCGUGAUUUUAGGACGUAGGCAUAUCGUCCCCGUCACUUGAAGUGUUUGCACUUUUCGGGACUUUAUUGAGCUGCGCCUCAGAAUGUGGCCGAAGCUUCACUGUUGGACAUAUCGUGUCUAUAACGGUUCGCCUGAGCUGCCAUUGCUGCUUUGGACGUCCAGUAGCGAAUGGCCGUCAACCCAAGAGUUCCACGAAGCCGCCUAGUGUCGCAUAAUCUUUCCUGCGUAGAUCUGACGCGGGAUGAGCUCCGCUCUGUAGCGCGGAUCUGUCGUGGCUCGCGCUCCCAUUGUGUGUAUUCUGCGCCGCGCCUGAAUGAUCUGAUGUGCAAUGUGAUAGCGGUUUCCUGUGCGGCCCGGCGCAACCAGAGAAUAUGUUUUGUACCGUGGUUGACGUGUGUUCCGAGGUAAUGGGGCGUGUUUUGCGGGUGUUGGCUGCUCAAAGCGGAGUUUCGGACGUUUGUUGAGAGACUUGAAAUGUUGGGGAGUGUUCCUUGGGGCAGAAUCGGGUAUCGCUACAGAGCUAGAGAAAUUAGAUGAACGCAGGAUCGGCUGUAUAUUUUAUCUGAGCUGCGUGAUUGUGCGGGCUUUGCACAGACUACUUUUGUUAUAAAAGUAUGUCCAUUGUUUAGUACCACAGCCGGGCCCUAAUACGGGGCUAGUUGUUUGUGCGGUCCGCCUGGCUGGCGACUCCAGCGCGCCGCUGGCAGCGGUGCUUCACCCUGUGGCAGUGGGCAGCCUGGUUCAUGUUCGCUUGUCGUGGUCAUUCAGGCUCUGGGAGGCCAGAUAUAUUCACAUGUAAUACAUCUGUGGCGCAGUCAGCACAGCAGAAGAGAGACAUUUUAUACCCUCUGUAGCUUAGCGACCUGAAUAUGUAUUCGAAUUGGGCUCUGCAAGAGUCGAGGAAUGGUGGUGUGCUGAAUUGUGAUUGGAACUGCUUUACUGAAAUGGGCCGCGGGCAGCAUAACAUGCGACCUUGCUUUGUGUGUUUAGCGGUAACACUAUCAGUAAUAGCGCUUUUGGUAGGUCUAUUUUGGGCAAUGGACGCUUUGAGGCUAACGAUGUUUGCAGAAGUGCAGCUAUAUUUUAUCCAGUAUAUUUUAUUUUUAUAUUACCUAGUAAACCUCGGCGCCUUCCGUCUUGCGGCUAUCAGCUGUCAGUUCAUAGUCAAUGACUAUUAACGCCGACUAGGGACUUGUGUGCUACCCGCGCCGGGCUCUGUAAUAACGGCAGUACACAAUGCGUACUAGAUAUAUUUAUUACAGUUCGUAAAUACAUGUACACACCACAA